UGAAUGAGUCAGAGAGUUGUUCACUCGUGACCGAAUCGUUCAGUCCAAUGCGGUGAGCAAACAGUUCAGACCGGAUCGAACGAUUCAUUGAAAAGAUCCGACUCAAAAGAACGAUUCGCUCACGGAUCGGACAUCGGGCGGAAUUCAAGAGCUCCACCACAAGCGUGUCCUUACACCACAGGAAUGAAGCAAAUCAAACGGACGCGUAGCACACAGUUAUUCUGCACAACUUAAUGUUUUAUUCUCUAAAUCCACGUCUUUUUUUUGUUUCUCAUAGACUCAACAGGGAAAGUUUUAUAUCUGAGGAGGAAUACCUGCCAACGAACAGAACGCAUCAUCCGCAAACAGUCACACCUUCUCCUCAGUAUUUAAGUGCGUUGAGGAGAUCGGAUUUGCUUUCGAACUGCAUUUUCUUAUUUGUUUAUUUUUGGGGGUGAGGGACAAGUCCCUUAAAGAUUCCAGAGAAUGGUAAAUGAUCGAUGGAAAAUCAUGAACAGUGUUUCAGAACUCGAGGAUGGACAGCAGCAUAAAUCGCAGAGGAUGAGCUGUAGCUACCUCCUAUGCACCAUCCUGCUCUUUGUUGCUUUGUUACUGGCUGUCACAGUAACCGGGAUCAUCCUUCUGAUGAACCAUUACCAAGCGCCCAGUGGCCCCGACGGCCCCCCUCUCAUCAGCACUAACCAGGAUGAGGGUAAUGCAGUGGUUACCAUCGAGAGAGGCGACGGCUCCCGCAUCAACAUCUUCAUUGACCCCAACUGUCCUGACUACAACAAUAACUUCCUGCGUCUGGAAGGCGUGCAGACCUCAUUGCUGCACUCGCUCACCGACCAUGACACUGAUCUGAAGUCAGUGAAAGGGCAAGACCGGGCUUUGCUUGUUAAACUGGCCGAGGAGGUUGCCAAGCUGGCUGCCCAUGCCAGUCAGCUGAAGAUGGAGUACAACGCGCUGAGACAAGGCCAAAGCAACAUUGGACAGGAGCUCAGCACUCUGCAGACCGAACAGGGCCGGCUUAUUCAGCUGCUGUCAGAGAGCCAGAUCAACAUGGUGAAAGUGGUGAACUCUGUGAGCGACGCACUAAGCUCCAUGCAGAAGGAAACCGGAAACAUCAAGAGCCGUCUCAAGGCAGAUCUGCAGAGGGCUCCGGUACACAGCAUCCGGCCCAAGGGCUGUGCCAGUGGAGAAGGUUCCAGACCCAGGGAUUGCAGUGACAUCUAUGCCAGCGGGCAAAGAGAGGAUGGUAUCUACUCUGUGUUCCCCACACAUUACCCAGAAGGCUUUCAGGUUUUCUGUGACAUGACUACUGAUGGGGGCGGAUGGAUGGUGAUUCAACGCAGAGAGGAUGGCUCUGUUAACUUUUUCCGUGACUGGGAAGCUUAUCGUGAAGGAUUUGGCAAGAUAACAGGAGAGCAUUGGCUUGGCAUGAAACGAAUCCAUGCACUUACCAUUCAAGCCAACUAUGAGCUGAGGAUUGACUUGGAGGACUUCGAGAACAGUACCUCCUUUGCAAAGUAUGGCUCUUUUGGAGUGGGUUUGUUCUCUGUUGACCCCGACGAGGAUGGCUACCCACUGAGCAUCGCAGACUACUCUGGCACAGCAGGCGACUCACUGCUAAAACACAACGGGAUGAAAUUCACCACUAAGGACAAGGACAACGAUCAUUCUGAGAAUAACUGCGCGUCCUUCUACCACGGCGCCUGGUGGUACCGCAACUGCCACACCUCCAACCUCAACGGACAGUACCUGCGCGGCCAGCACACCUCGUAUGCCGACGGCAUCGAGUGGUCGUCCUGGACGGGUUGGCAGUAUUCGCUGAAGUUCACAGAGAUGAAGAUUAGGCCAACCAAGGAGGAGAAUAAAUAAGUGAGGAAUAGAAAACUUGACUACAAGAGCUCAAAGAUGGCUGUAGGUGUUAGAGACACUCAAUACAGAAACGCAAGAACUUUCCGGCAACAACCUCUUUCUCAUGUUUCUGUUUCUAUUCAUCUCUCAAUUCCCGUUUUCCUACCAUCUUGUAGUGUUUGUGCUAAUGGGCCGAUGUUUUUCUCUUGAUCUGUUGUUCACAUCUCUGAAUAUUAUUACGAAACAUUGCAGGUAUUGUCAAAAAUGUACUGAUGAAAUAAAAAAUCGAUAGUUGUUGUCUAUAAAAAAAAAGAAAAGAAAAACAAACAAAAAAUACUUCUGUAGAUGUGAAAUUUAGCAAGAACGUGUAGCUUUUCAUAAAAAUAAAGACUUUUAACUCUUCAGACAUCUGACGGAGAGGCA